CUCGUCAAGAAUGAGGUCGAGGAGCUCAGCAUACCACUUCUGCCUUCGCGCUCAAACCUUCGAAUUCGUCUCGAGAAGAAAUAUGUCAAAGUUGAACCGAAUGACGAAUUAACAGCCGCAGCCAUUCGAGAGCUCACCAAAGGUGACUCCGAGGAAGCCAUACCGGGAGCAGACUCAUGUCCCGUGGUUGGAUUACCAGAAAAGCGAAACGGUUCAGAGGCAGAGGAAGAGGAAGUCGACGAAGCCGAUUACAGCACUGUUCCUAUUGAGAAGUUUGGCCUGGCAUUACUGAAGGGCAUGGGCUUCAAAACGGAGACCCCCGGCCCGACAUUGGAUGACUUUGCAUCCAAAGUUCGUCUCAAAGGCCUUGGUCUCGGUGCCGACCCAGCUGUCCUCAAGAAAGCCAGACAAGCGGAGAAGGCACCAGCUGGUGCUGACGACGAAAAACUUGAAUGGAAAAGCGGUGCCCGGUGCCAGGUUAUUUGGGGAAAAUAUGAUGGCCAGUACGGCACAAUCGAAGGCAUGGAUGGAGACACCGGUCGAGUAGUUAUAAAGCUAUCACUAACUAAGGAAAUUCAGAGGAUUAUGCAGGCAGCCAUUCGUCUUGUAACCCGAAAGGAGUUCGAUAAAUUCUCAAAUUAUUUGAUUUUACGGCGCCAAAAUCCUCGCAACCGCGAGCUGCUAGAGUCAUGGGUUCCAGCCCUCCAGUCCAUCAACAAGCGCAAUGAACUCCCGGUCCCAUAUUAUGUGCUGAGAAUUUGCCUGGACAAGGGAAUCCGCCGCGUGGAGAGGGUGCGAGCGACCAUCACCUCCCGUGACAGUGAGCCGAAUUGUCUAGAAGUGAUCACGCUGACAUCCAACACAGAUAAUGAAAUCGUGGCCAUGAACGACUCGAACGCGGACUAA